AUGUCGAGUCCAAUAUGUCCUAUGCCACUCGGCGAAAUCGUCAGGGAUAUGCUGGGGAGAGAGAAGGAGACGAAUCCCGUUAAGAGACUUUACGAUGAUACUUUUAAAGCGGAUAUCGGGAGGUGGAUAGCUUCGUGUGCGGUCAUUGGGCUUUCGGCCGGGAUAAUAUCUAAACAUCCGGGACAUAAUUUGCUUGCUGCAUCAGCGUACAAUCUUGCAGUCGGAGCUCUUCAUUUCUUUGCUUUCAAGAUACCAGUCAAGCCACGAGGACGCAACAACCCAAGACCGCCAAUAUGGUAUAUUUUGAUUCUGGCCCUUUCAACUUCAAUGUGGCUUGCUGCUCUCACUGUCAUAUUUGUUCUUCGGGAAGAUAUAGAUGCGUACAAUGAGUCAAAUCUCGACAAGCGGAGGACGGGCUUUGUUGGUGAUAUAUCUACUGGAACAGUAGCAAUGCUUGACAACCUAAGCAUUGCUUGUGGCUGUUUUGGCAUUUGUGCAUUUCUAUUUUGUGUAUACCAGUGGUUUAUUGUUCAUUAUCUUUACUCGACAAGAUUCAAGAAGACUGAAAUGCGAGAGGGAUAUAGAAAGAUCAACAAGAGCGAACCUCCCAAGGAUGGCCCAUCAACAACUGUUGUUUAG